AUGCGACUGGUGUGGCGAUCUAUUGGGGGCAUAGAAGAAGGAACUCUAGGAGGCAGUGUGAGGCUCUUGGAAGCAGCUUGCGCAACUGCCCUGCAUUAUGCUGAUUUGGUACACGGGGCCCUAGCUGACCAAGGAUAUUACGAGAGUCAUGCACAAAAUAAAACUACAGAGGAAAUAUGCACAAUUGUAAAUAACUUGGAAUACGUACGUCGCUCACUCUCGGAAUACGACGACGAUCACAUUUUGAAUGACGAAAAUUCAAGACAACUAGUACGUGGUGCGUUGGGGACGCUUGAAUGUCGGUCAGUUCGCGCCGCUGUUCCUCUAGCUGUUCGUGCCCGACCCCCCCUUCGAAAAGCUGUCUUUCAUCUUGCCUGGUCACCUGACUCACUUCCGACUCAGCAGGCCAUAACACCCUUGCUCGAGUUCCUGGACCAACACUUGUCGUCGUUAAACACUUGGCUGUUGCCGCGAGCUUUCACGAGAGCUUUGGCAGCGUGCUGGAACGCUGUGCUGAAGGAAGUUUCAAGUCAAGCGGAUUCAGGGGGCGCUGAAAAGCCGAGGGUGUAUCAUCACAGGCUAAAAGAAGCACUAGAUCUACUCGCAGAAUUUUUCCAUGCUGAAGGAAAAGGUCUUCCAAUGACCGACGUUCAUAAUACUGAAUGGAAGCGCCUAGAGCAACGGAUGCAAUAUCAUCAGGCUCCAACUGAAGAACUGCUGGAGCUGUGGCUUGAAGACCGACUCGCUGACCAGGCUCGCACCCCAUUGCCAUCACCUUACGGUUCCAUACUAAUAAGGGUCUACUUCAAUCACGACUCGCUCUGUGUGGAAAUAUUGUCCGCGCGUGACGUGAUCCCGCUGGACCCAAACGGAUUAAGCGAUCCAUUCGUGGUCCUCGAGUUGUUACCUAAGCGGCUGUUUCCAAAAACACAUGAACAGAGCACCAAUGUACAGAAGAAAACUCUAAAUCCUGUCUGGGACGAGUGCUUUGAGUUCGCGGUAUCCCUGGAAGCGUGCCGGUCGCCACAGGCCACCCUGGCGCUCUCCGUGUGGGACAGAGAUGUGUUGACCGCGGACGAUUUCGCCGGGGAGGCAUUCGUGCCGAUCUCUCGUGUCCCAGGGGUCAACAGUCACGCUCCGCCCGACCCGCUGAGACCCAUCGAGUUACCGUUAAUGCAAUUACAUGAUCGGGGUCACCCAAUCUUGCAGAUUCUGGAAUCACGAAACACCGACAAAAUGGCGAUUGAAUUUGUGAAAAAACAAAAAUUGCGUUUCGCCGAAUAA